CAUGAGUCAACCUUCCAUGAGGUAGUUAAAUAUCCAGAUUUCACCAUGUACCCAAGGGUCAUCCUAAAGGAAACACUGUACAAGAAAUCACAACAGAAGCGAAGAACUUCGCCAUGCAAUUACAAAGAGAGGAUUUUUGUGCUAAACACACAGGAUUUGACAUACUUCGAACAUCGUCCUGGGAAAAAGCCAACUCAGAAAGGCUGCAUCGAACUGUCUCAUAUCAAGUGUGUGGAGAUCGUUCGCAGUGAUGUUCCCAUUCCCUGUGAUUACAAGUACCCUUUCCAGGUCGCCCAUGACAGCUACUAUCUGUAUGUGUUUGCUCCAGACAACGAUUGUAGGUUAAAAUGGGUCAGGGCUCUGAAAGAAGCGACGCAAAAUAACAACUUAUUUCUGAAGUACCAUCCUGACUUCUGGGUAGAAGGGAAAUGGAGAUGUUGUCAGCAGACCGAGAAGCUGGCGACAGGAUGCAGUGAAUACUAUCCCAGUGGAGCCAAACCUCUUCCCCCAACUCCAGAUCCCACGCGCCGAUCUUCAGAUCCAGAGGAGAGGAUUGUUGUGGCUUUGAGGAAUUUCAGCCCUGUAGAAGAUACAGACCUGCCUCUGCAUAAAGAUGAAGAGUAUUUUGUCAUUGACAGUUCAGAACCAAACUGGUGGACUGUGAGGGACAAAAACGGAAAUGUUGGCACGGUGCCGUGCAUAUAUAUUGCAGAAAAAAUAUCAAACAACAUCGAUAAAUUUGAAUGGUACAAUAAAGACAUAACUCGGACCGAGGCAGAGAGCUUACUAAUGAGAGAGAACAAGGACGGGGGUUUCAUGGUUCGUGACUCUAAACACCCAGGUGUAUACACCGUGUCAAUAUUUUCCAAAGUCUCACGGACUGAUGGAGAGAAGUAUCCCCUAGUUAAGCACUACCAGAUCAAAGUACAAAGAGAAGGUGAAAAGGUCAUGUAUUACUUAGCUGAGAAAUACGUGUUCCCGACCAUUCCAGAGCUCAUCCGCUAUCAUCAACACAAUCCAGCAGGUUUAAUAACCAGAUUGAGGCAUUGUGUGUCUAGAAAUGUCACAAACCCAAGGAUCAAGGAGUUGUCAUCAGCAUUGCUCAUUGUCUGCCUCCACAGGAAACUGUCCCACAAUAAGCUGGUCCAGUUGUAUGGUGUGGUCACUCAGCGCUCACCCAUCUAUCUGGUAUUUGAAUUCAUGGAGAACGGCUGCCUGACAGACUUCUUGCGUGCCAGAAAAGGCAGUUUCUCCCAGGAGGUCCUGCUGGGGAUGUGUUUGGAUGUGAGUGAGGGGAUGGCCUACCUGGAGAGCUCCAACUUCAUCCACAGAGACUUGGCUGCAAGAAAUUGUUUGGUUUCUGAAGAUAAUGUGGUGAAGAUAUCAGAUUUUGGAAUGACAAGGUUUGUCCUAGAUGAUCAAUACACCAGUUCUUUUGGGUCCAAAUUUCCAGUGAGAUGGUCCUCUCCAGAGGUGAUCAAAUUCGGGAAGUAUAGCAGCAAAUCAGACGUGUGGUCAUUUGGUGUGUUGAUGUGGGAGGUGUACAGUGAGGGCCGUGUGCCCUAUGAUAGCCGUAGUAAUGCAGAGGUAGUGGAGACCCUAAAUGCAGGACUGCGGCUCCUGAGACCCCGCCUCUGUCCACAGAGUGUGUACGAGUUAAUGCAGUGGAGCUGGAAAGAGAAACCUGAGGAUCGACCCUCGUUUGCUCUGCUCCUGCAUGAACUGGCCUGCCUUGAACAAGAGCCUUGAUCCUGAUCACACCCUUCCCUGUACUGGCUUAUAAGGAUAGCUCAUUCAAAAAAUCAUGUCAUCAUUUAAUAACCGUCAUGUCAUUUCAAACCUGUUUUUUGUGGAACAAAAAAGGUGAAUUUUGAAGAAUCUUUGCAUAGCAGUUUUCCAUAUAUGGAAGUUCGUAUUUGACCAAAUAGGAAAAAAGGCACUUUAAAUUGUGUUAGGUUUUGACUUGUAAGCUGUAUGUUAGCUGGGUGUUCAGACUGAAGCUAUAUGAUAUAAUAAAUAAAUACAUAAAUACAUAAAUAAUUAAAACUGUAGAUGUGCCUUACAUUGCAGCUUGAAAAACUUGACAGAUUAUGGCCUGUUGUUGUAUGAAAAAAAAAGCUGCUUAAAAAUUCUUCUUUAAUGUUUAAUAGGUUUGA